AUGGCAAGCUGUAAUGAUAUUCAUAAAAGCAAUGAGCAUACCAGCAAGGANNAAAGCAAUGAGCAUACCAGCAAGGAACAAACUCAAGUUGUAGUAAUAGUGGUGCCAUUUCCAGCCCAGGGCCACCUCAAUCAGCUUCUGCAACUCUCCUGCCUCGUAUCUUCCUAUGGCCUCCCGGUUCACUAUGUCAGUUCUGCCAUCUACAACCGCCAAGCCAAAGUCCGUGCAAAUGGCCUAAACUCUCUAAAUUUAGACAAACUCCAUUUCCACGAUCUUCCAACACCUGCUUUUGAAUCUCCUCCUCCGAAUCCCAACUCGACUAAUAAGUUCCCAACACAGCUGCAGCCGGCCUGGUACGCCAUGUUGAGCAUCCGCCAACCGGUGGCUGAAUACGUAAAACGUAUAUCCAAGCAAGCAAAAAGAGUUGUCGUUAUUCAUGACCCUCUUAUUGCUGCGGUUGUUCAGGAUGUUGCUUCCAUUCCUAAUGCAGAAUCCUAUGUUUUCAACUGUCUUUCAGCUUAUUUUCAUUCCUUUUUUCUAUGGGAAUCCCUGGGAAAACCAUUCCCUAUUGAACAACCAAAACAUUUACCCUCUUUUGAAGGAUGUAUUCCAGAGGACUUCUUCGAAUUUUUAGCUUUACAGGAAGAGCCAUUGAAAUAUAGAGCUGGAUAUUUAUUCAAUACUUGCAGAGCCAUAGAAGGGCCUUUUGUUGAUCUAUUAGAAAGGGAAGAGGUUGCCGAGAAAAGAAAACUAUGGGCAAUAGGACCAAUUCUCCCAUCAAAAUCCUUAUCUGCUAAUAGCCAACACAAAUGUUUAGAGUGGCUUGACAAACAAGCUCGAAAAUCUGUUAUCUAUGUAUCGUUUGGGACGACGACGUCAUUUUCAGACGAAGAAAUCAAAGAGCUGGCAAUAGGAUUAGAAAAGAGCAAACAGAAGUUCAUUUGGGUGCUGAGGGACGCCGAUAGAGGAAAUGUGUUCGAUGGUGAAGUUAGACGAGCUGAAUUACCAGAUGGGUUCGAGGAAAGGGUCAAAGAGUUUGGAAUGAUGGUAAGAGAUUGGGCACCACAGCCAGAAAUUCUUUCCCAUCCAUCAACUGGUGGAUUCAUGAGCCAUUGUGGCUGGAAUUCAUGCAUAGAAAGCAUUAGCAUGGGAGUGCCAAUUGCAGCCUGGCCUAUGCAUUCUGACCAACCAAGAAACUCUGUGCUCAUAACAGAAAUACUGAAAACAGGUCUCAUUGUGAGGGAAUGGGAACAGAGGGAGGAACUGAUGAAAGCUUCCACUAUUGAGAAUGUUGUGAGAAGAUUAAUGGCAUCGGAAGAAGGAAAUACGCUACGAAAACAGGCUGAGGAAUUAGCUGCUGUUGUUAGGCUGUCGACUGAGGAAGGCGGCACAUCUAAAGCUGAAUUAGAUUCAUUUAUUGCCCAUAUCACUAGACAAAAUAUGGACAGUGUCUCUCCAACAUCAAGUUCCAUUCCCAGUUCUUCCGCAGGUUGUAAUUGA